CUAAUCUCGGGCUUCAAUCGAACUGUUGUAGAUUCUACUUGCAGCAUACGAUAGCACAGAGUCUCUAAAACUCGAAAAGUCGCAACCUCCGAGCCACCGACUCACCAAACUGCGAAGCCUUUCUGUAGAUUGUAAUACAUCAAUAAUCUCGAAGAUGUCGAACGAGAGAUCAGUAAUUGCAGUUAUUAGAGCGGCGAGACCUUCCUUUAGGAACGAUGCCGAAAGGAUCGCUUUUGCCGUUCACGCCUCUUUUCUUUCAUCGGGUUUUGUCCUCACCGCCACUGGGCCUGACGCUUUAGCCGACAACGUUCUCUCCUCUCCCUCUACUGAUGAGGUGGGAAUCGAUAAGUGGAACGAGUUUGAGGAUCAUUACGCGUUUGUUUAUAUCAAUCCCGAGAAAGGGACCAAUAAAGUGUUGAUUAAAUGUCUGGUAAUGAAUGGGCAAUUGCUUGUUGAUGCUUUGGCUCAUGGCAGUUCUCAACCUGUUCAUCUCGAAAUUGACAUUGAUAACUAUGUUGGGGACAAUGGAAGUGGAAAUUACUCUGCACAGUAUAAGAAUUUAGAGAAGUUGGUGAGUAGUUUGGACAAAGAAGUCAUAUCCAAGUUAUAUGGUUCAUCUUUGAAAUCGAGUUCAUCAAGUAAUCCUUCUAGUUUAGAAACAGGUGAAGGAUCAAGGCGUGAUGUAAAUGAUGCUGGUGUUAGAAUUAAUGAACCAACAGGCCCUCAACCCCAUCCUUCAGGGGUAUUUAUUCCCUCAAUUAAUCCUAUUGGUGGUAGUGAUCUCUUUCCUGGGCCUGGUGCUGGAAUGUAUCCUACCAGGGGUGAUUUUGGUGGUGGCGGCAUGCUUCUAGGACCAAAUGAUCCUCGUUGGUUCGGUGGAGUUGGUGGAGAGCAUGGUUUCCCUGGAGCACAACCGGGUGUUCCUCCCGGUGCACGUUUUGAUCCCUAUGGUCCACCUGGUGUUCCUGGUUUUGAGCCUAAUCGAUUUUUCAGAAAUCCACCAAGGAGACCUGGGGGUGGUACUCAUCCCGACCUGGAGCAUUUUGGAGGUGGUUCAGAUUACAUUUAGAUGCAUCUGAAAGACUUGGGGUCCUUUUCGCUCGCCCUCUGAGUAUGAUCCCCUUUUUUUUAUCUGUUAUAUAAUAUGGUGAUGUAGAAGGAUCUAAAGGUUGUACUUAAAAACAUAUAAUAUUAGUUAUCCAGCUAUGCGACCAGACUUUUUAAGCAUGUUAAUAGUUUGUGCUCGUAGUGCUGACAUAUUUUGAAUCUAUUUGGUCAUACACUAUUUCAUUUGGUCAUGUCAAAUCAAUCACAAUCUUGCCUAUCAGAUUAUAGAGCUAAUAGUGAUAUGAACAUUUGACUAAUGUUAAGAAAGUAGAGAAUUGAGAACCUUGGUGUAUUAUUGAAAACUUUAUUCCCUUCAUUAUAAAAUUGUGGAGAAUGUGAAAAACAAGAAAUGCAAUGUAUAUUCUUUACUAUCUCUAUAAAUGUCUUAAGUUUUCUUAAUCAUUUUAAAGUAUUGGUAAUCAAAUCUUACAGUGUUGAUAUAAUUUUAACAUUUUAUUUCUUAGUUUAAAACCAACUAAUUUUUACUAUAAUUGGAGCGUAUUGCCAGCUCGGUAUCAUUGAGCAUGACUAUAAAUCAUGCGGGCUCUCCCCGCGCAGGUUCGAAUCCUGCUACUCACGUUCGUCUUAAGUUUCACUUGGUCCUAUGCCUGCAAAGCCAUUAUUUUUUUAAUAGAUAACAUUUGAUUAAGCAACGGAUCAUCAUUUAUUUAGAAAUGAAUAAAAACAAGCAUCUAGUAGAAUUCCUUGUAGUCAAGGUCCCAUCCAAUCAAUUCUUAGUCAAGUUCCCAUCCAAUCAAUUAUCAGUUGGUGUAACUGCGUGGCUUAAAAGUUAAACCACCAAACCAAUCAGAAGCAUCCCUGGUCUUUUCUCCCCCAACACUGUUUUCAUCCUUUUGAUAUAAGGUACUUAUGUUCAUUCAGAUUGAACUGAUAAACUCGUUCAUUAAUCAUCAUAAACUUAAAAUCAGGUCUUCCCCUUCAUCAUUUCAUUUUCCCCCCCCUUCUUUUAAAGUGGUUUACACGAUGUGGUUCAACUUUCAAGUGAUUAAUUAAGUAGAAAAUAAUAUAAUAUAAAUAUUUUAAAAUAUGUCAACCGUAUUGUAAUCUAUUAAUAAAAUAUUAGUCUUAGUUAUAGUAAUUAGAUUUAACUUUUGAUAAAUUUAAAUAUCUAAAAAGAAUUCCAUAAAUCCUCGAAACUGUAUUCUAUUAAUAAACAAAAAUAAGGAAACAUUUCAUUUAUUAUCGCUUGAACAAGUUUUUAUUAGCGUAUACCAAAAGUUAAAGUUUAGCCAUAAAUCUCAAGAGACGCCCCAGAUCACUCAUCUAUAAUUCUAUAUGAUGUGAAUUUGUAGAACGUGGGUGAGCAUCUGCUGCAAAAUUCAGCCAAGAGCAAUUGACAAGGAAUCAGGAGCCAAGACCCAGAAACAUCUCAUAUAUGCAAAUUUUUGUCUUGUCUAAUCGUGCAAGUAGUAGGGUCGUGGUACCCGCAAUUGCCCAUUGACUUAAGGUAGGAAGUUUCGACCAGUUAUCGUUUCCUUGUGCGGUUAUGACAGUUCCCCACGUCCCUUUUUUUUUUUUUUUCUCUCUCUCUCUCUCUUGGAAACGUAAACAAGUUGGAAACGUGUGGCACGCUCUUUAAUUUUCUUCUCUAGAAGGCCUCCACGCCUUUAUAUCCGAGCAUUUAGUUCAAACAGAAAAAUAAAGCCACCUUUCCAGAUUAACAAAUACCUGAUGUGACUGCUUCUAUUAAAAAAUUAAACCCAUCAUUGCUUUUUCUUUUGCUUAUAUUCAGCCCUUCUGAUUGCUUGCAAAUUCCAGCGACCGGGGAAAAUGGAUAAAUUCCAUGGUUUUCUGCUUCUGAUGUUGCUUGUAAUCUCCGUUUCUGCAUCCCAGUUGCCCCUUGCUUCGUCGGCAAGAACACUUUCCAUCCUGCCUGAUCAACAAAGAUACUCGAAGAUUUUUGCUACUCUUGGAGUUGUCUGCAAAUGUUGCGAUGGAACUGGAGGUGAAUGCUCCAGUACUUGGACUCAACCCUGCUCUCAGCUCAAGUGCUUGCCUUGGAAACUACAUUAGGAUUUUGGCCAAUUUUUAUUCUAUGUUUUCACCUUUUGUGGUUGUAUCAGGUUCAAAUUCUUGUCCUGAAUCUUUUGAAGCUUAAGAGCCUUCUUUCUGAUUUGUGCUAUCAGCUUACAACAUUGAUCAAUAUGUUCUUCUAGAACUUCAGUUAGACUACGCUAUUUACACUGUUUGUACUUCAAGAUCCUUUGAGCUACAGAGUUACUAAAAUUUACCGGGCAAA